UUUCUAACAGGAAAAUAAAAAGAUGAAACAAGACAAGUAAUCAUUUUUAAAUAAAAUUUUGUGUCAAUAGUGUGAGUUGGAGUGUAUUUUUUAUGUCUAGGAUUAUCUAAUCACAGCUAUGUAUUACAGAGUGUUCUCUCCUGUCAUCAUAGGGAAUAAACACAAGUAUUUGAGUGAAGCAGAGAGAUACAGAGAGUCAUCUCAUGUCUGAAAGCAUUGACAGUCAAGGACAAAGUUACUUUAACACCUUCUCCACUAAUUGCAUAAAAUCCAAAAAAACGGACUAUUUCUUUUUUUUGUCUUUAAUAAAUACCAAUAUAUUUAUGUAAUUACUCGGUUAACGAUCAGGCUAAUAACGAGAAAUGGAAAUUCACUGUUAAUUAAAUAAUAGUCAUUGAACAUCCUUUGGUUCUGUUCUCUGUGAAGUUCUGAACUUGUGACAGAGGAACACUACUGGUCCCCUCGCCCCUUCUGAGACGAGGAGUCAAAAAAGAGUCAACUGGCUUGAGUGUAAAAAUGAUAAAGAAUUUAUUAACACAAGCAAUACAGUUACAGAGGGUGAAAAACAUUCUGAAUAAUAUAAAUGUAUUUAGUAUAGUUCAAACUAUUCAAUAGUAUAGUUUUUUUUGCUAAAUUUUCAGAAGGAUGUCCUCCCAAGUCCGCCUGAGUCUGCUGCCGAGAGCCAGGUGCAUGUUUGACGAGCCCGUCCAGGUGAAGGUGGCCGGGCUGAGGUCGAGGCAGGUGGUCACCCUGAGAGCCAGAUCCACUGACGAGAAGGGAGUCGUGUUCAGCUCCUCGGCCACCGUCAGGGCCGAUGGGAGCGGGCGGAUCGACCUGGAGAGGGACCCCUCCCUCGGUGGGACCUACAUCGGCGUCGAAUCCAUGGGUCUGCUUUGGUCCAUGAGGUCGGACACUUUGCACAAGAGGUUUCAGCUUCACAGUUCACUAAACCCCUACGUGGUGAAGUUCUCUGUGCACGAGGAGGAGGGUGGGAUGCUGGCAGAGGCGACCAAUGAGAGGCUCCUGAUCGGAGACGGGGUCAUCCGGCGCCCGGUCAGAGAGGGAAAUAUUCGUGGGGUCCUCUUUACUCCGCCAGGACUGGGUCCAUUCCCUGCAGUGCUAGAUUUGUACAUUUUAGGGGGAGGUUUCUCUGAGAAAAGGGGCGCUCUGCUCGCCACUCGAGGAUUUGUGGUCCUGACCGUAGUGGCGUACGGUUACGACAACUUGCCCAAGAAGAUCGACGAGAUCCAUCUGGAUUAUUUCGAAGAAGCAAUACAGUUUUUGAGAAAACAAGAUGAGGGGAGUUCUCAAUCUUUUGAGGGUUUUUUUGUGGCACAUUUUAUGGUUGGCAGUAAAGGAGUUGGUGUGAUAUCCAUUUCAAAAACCGGAGAUCUGGCACUAUCGAUGGCCUCUUACCUGCAAGGUGUCAGGGCCGUGGUGUGGAUCAACGGCUGCUCCGCCAACACACUUCUUCCCCUCUACUACAAGAAGAGCCAGAUCCUCCCCGCGUUAUUGUUUGACCUCAGCCAGCUGAUUCCCACUGAGUCGGGGGCCUUCAAUGGAAAGAAGGUUCUGAACGACCCUGGUGCAGAGGAGAACGAGGCCACCCUGAUUCCUGUGGAACGGGCAGAGGGACGUCUCCUCUUUGCGUCCGCCGAGGACGACCUCAACUGGGACAGCAAGGCUUACGUGGACAUGAUGGUGGAGCGACUGCAGCGCCACGGGAAGGACAACUUUGAGAGUGUGUGUUACCCCGGAGCGGGGCACUACCUAGAGCCGCCUUACGGACCCUACUGCCCCUCCAGUUUACAUGGGGUUGUGGGCAGGCUGGUCCUGUGGGGGGGCGAGGCCAGGUCCCACGCUGCUGCUGAGGUCCACCUGUGGAAGAAGAUCCAGGAGUUCUUCAGGACUCACCUGAGCUGUGACGCCACGCAGACUAAAGCUAAACUCUAGAUGCAAAUAUCCUGAUGUGAGAGACAUGAGUAACAGCUGGGGGGGG